AUGUCGUUAGCUACUUUCACGAGAAUGAGACUUUCUUCAAUUUGUAGACAAACUUUUUCCCCAUUUAAGUUUGGAGGUCCAAAACCAAGUUACUUCUCGCACACCGCGUCUGUUCGAUCUGAAAUCUUGUCUUCUCUUAAUACUCUAUCUGAAGAGGAAGAAAGUAUUCGCGAUACAGUUGCUCGCUUUGCUCAAGAAAAAAUAUUACCGAAAGUUCAAGAAAUGGAUGAAACAGAAAAACUUGAUCAAGAUAUACUCAAAGGUCUUUUUGAACAAGGGCUUAUGGGCAUUGAAGUAGAAGCUGAUUACGGUGGUACCAACAGUUCAUUCAUGUCCACUGUUCUAGUAGUUGAAGAACUCGCUAAAGUUGAUCCUUCAAUUGGUGUAAUUUGCGAUGUUCAGAACACGCUUGUCAAUACGUUAUUUCGACAGCAUGGUAGUGACCAUUUGAAAAAAAAAUAUUUACCGAAACUUGCAAGUGAUUCAGUUGGUUGUUUUUGCCUUUCCGAAGCUGCUGCCGGUAGCGAUGCUUUUGCACUGAAAACGCGAGCUGAAAAAAAAAACGGUCAUUAUGUUAUUAAUGGCUCGAAAAUGUGGAUCACAAAUUCCGCGGAAGCAGAAAUCUUUUUGGUUUUUGCUAAUCUCGAUCCCUCCAAGGAUUAUAAGGGCAUAACAUGCUUUGUUAUAGAAAAGGAUAUGGGUGUUAAAGUUGCAAAAAAGGAAUCUAAGCUUGGUAUUAGAGCUUCAUCGACAUGCACUUUGAAUUUUGAUGAUGUAAAGGUUCCUGAGGAAAAUUUACUCGGCGAGGAGUUUAAAGGCUACAAAUAUGCUAUUGAAAUCUUGAAUGAGGGUCGUAUUGGAAUAGCAGCUCAGAUGAUAGGUCUAGCCCAAGGUGCGCUUGAUAAUGCGCUACCUUACUUAUUCCAAAGAAAAGCAUUUGGUUCCUAUAUUGGAGAGUUUCAGGCAAAUCAACAUCAAUAUGCGCAAGCUGCCACUGAAAUUGAAGCAGCUAGAUUAUUGACAUAUAAUGCAGCUAGAUUAAGACAAGAAGGAAAAGAUUUUAUUAAAGAAGCCGCUAUGGCUAAAUUAUAUUCAUCUCAAAUUGCAGAACGGGUCGCAUCAAAAGCGAUUGAAUUGAUGGGAGGUGUAGGGUUCACCAGAGAAUUUCCAGUUGAGAAAUAUUAUAGAGACGCAAAAAUUGGCUCUAUAUACGAGGGUACUUCAAAUAUUCAAUUGACGACCAUUGCAAAAUUGAUUUCUGCAAAGUAUAAGUCCAAAGGAGCAUGA